AUGUUUAUGGGAUUAUGUUAUAUAAGAAAUUGUAAACAAAAUAUAUAAAAAACAUAUUUAUAUUUAUAUAAAAUAAAGAAUGAAACAGCGGAUUAUUUUUAAAAAAGAAGAAGUUAUUUUAAAUUUUAGACAAGAAAAAUUUCUAAACAUUCUAUAACUGCCUAUAUGAACUUAAAAUAAACAAAAGAAUAAAAAUAAAAAGAAGAGGCUAAAAAAAUUAAAAAAAUAGCAGAAAACUGUAAUUUAAUAGUAUAAAAAUAAUUUUGGAGGUAAAUGAAUAAGGUAAAGAAGUACAUGAGUUUAAUUGAAAUUUAAAAAGAAUAAAAAGAAGAUUAAUAAAAAAGAUUAGAAAGUUUAGUAACUGACUAACUAAAUCUAUCAUCGAAAUUAGCUAAAAUUCUUUAAUUAGCUAAAAAUAUUCCUGAUUUAGAUACAUAAAAGGCUAUAGAAUAAUCAAAAUGUAAAUAAAGUGAUGAUUUAAGGAUAAAGUAAGAAAUAUAAAAAUAAAAAGAAAAAGAGUUUGAUUAAUAAAUGGUUGAAUUAGAAAAUAAAUUUAAUGAAAAUAUUAAUCUUUUAAAACAAUUUAAUACUUAAAUAAUUCUAAGAAAAGGACAAUAAAACACUUAUUUCUAUGAAAAAACUAAUUUUAUAAAAAAAAUUAAUUCUCCGUCUAAAAACUAUGAUUUUGAAAUUGAUGAAUUUGAGUAUUUUUUUUUCAAUUAAAUAAACAAAAAUAAAAAAUAGUUAAUAUGGCAAUAUAAAAUUUGA